CGAACACAGUUUAGGUUAUAAUCAAACAUCAUAAAAUAGCGGUAUCAGAGCUGGUUAGUGACUAUUCGUCCCAAAGUUUUAUUACUAAAAUCAACAAUCUACAGCAAACUUGAGCCCGUCUAAAUCCAGUCAUUAGAAGUAUGAACAAGCAACUAUUGUCCAAGUUCUGUUUGUACAAUCAAUCAUUUCGUCAAUUUUCGUACAAACCAAUUAAAAGACCGUCCCUAAGCCAAUUGAAGGAUCCGCAAGACAAAUCUAGCAAUGGCCACUGUCUUAAAGCGCCAACGUUACAUGAAUGUUUAGUAGCGAAAAUCAAGGCCGUGGGUCCACUUCCUGUGGCUGAAUACAUGAAAGAAGCUCUUACGAAUCCGAAUGGCGGAUACUACAUGAGCAAGGAUGUUCUCGGCCAGAAGGGUGAUUUCAUUACGUCACCGGAAAUUGGUCAAAUAUUUGGUGAGUUGGUUGCAGUUUGGCUGUAUUCAGAAUGGCAAAAAAUCGGUUCCCCGAAGCCAUUCCAAAUAAUCGAAUUGGGACCGGGACGCGGUACAUUGAUUCAAGACGUUAUCCGGUCACUUAGUCAAUUCGGUCUAUCCGAAUGUAUUUCGGUGCAUUUGGUGGAAGUCAGUCCGUAUUUGAGUCAACUGCAAGCUAGACGGUUAUGCUGCCAAUAUCGAAAUAAUGAGCCAACUGCCGACGAACGCCAUUACUGCCGCGGCGAAACAUUGUCCGGCAUUCCGAUUUUGUGGUACAAGAAAGUCGAAGAUGUUCCGAAUCAUUUUUCAAUUGUCCUGGCCCAUGAGUUUUUCGACGCACUGCCAAUCCAUAAAUUUCAAAGGACUGACGGCAAAUGGCGGGAAAUUUUGGUAGAUUAUGACGCAAAAGCGGAAAAAUAUCAGUUGGUUGUCGCUCGGAAGGAAACGCCGAUGUUGAAGUUAUUUUUGGCUAAUUUGGAUUCGAAGGAACAGAGAGAGCACAUUGAGUAUUCGGUAUUAGGCCAUCAAAUUCUGGAGCAUUUGAGUAUGCGAUUAGAAGAGCAUGGAGGAUUCGGCCUCAUAAUGGAUUAUGGUCACAACGGCAACAAAGGUGAUACGUUUCGAGGAUUCAAAGAACAUCAAUUGCACGAUCCUUUGAUCGAACCCGGCUCGGCGGAUCUGACAGCGGAUGUUGAUUUCAAGCAAGUGAAGCAAAUGGUCGAAAAGGAUGAUAGACUAAUAACGUUCGGUCCGGUGGAACAGCGUGUUUUUCUGAAGAAACUCGGAGGAGACGUUCGUCUUGAUCGACUUUUGAAGUCUGCCGUUCCGAAUGUACGAAGUCAAAUACAGAGUGGCUACGAUAUGCUAACCGAUCCCAAGGAGAUGGGCUCUCGUUUUAAGUUUUUCUCAAUAUUUCCUAGCGUUUUAACUGAUCAUUUACGUAAAUAUCCGGCGAUUGGUUUUGAUUGAAUUUACUAGUCCCACAAUUAGAGGCGUCGUUUUUAAAA